UUUUUUGAGUUUGUUGAUUGUUGAAAUGUCAAAAGAAGUUAAGUAAUAGAAAUGUAACAUAUCAUAAAAAAUCAGCUAAAAAACAGUAUUUCUCUAUUAUUAUUAUUAAUUACUUUAACACUAUGGAAGAACACGCAACAUUAAAGUUAACAGUAACAGAAUAUAUUCAGCGUUUAAGUAAAGAAUUGAAUAUAGAGGGAACUAAGGGGCUGUUUGGUAAUGAACUAGAACUCAUAGCUUUAGUAAGGAAUUGUCAGUUUUUAUAUGAUAAAAACUUGCCUGAUUUCAAGAAUAUUCAAAAGAAAAACGAGGCUUGGGAAGCGAUAGCUUCAGUUUUUGAGGUUACGGUUGGUGAAGUGCAACAAAGAUGGAAGGGCAUGAGGGACUUAUUUAGUAAGCAUAAAAACAAAAAUGAAGGCCAAAGUAAUAACAAUAAAAACGUUGUUUGUCCGUACUACGACGAUCUUAAAUUUUUAGAACCAUACAUUGUAGGCAGGAGAUCUAGACUUGUGGGCGUAACUAUGUCUUUAUCAGAUCAUUUGAACAGUGAUGAUGAUGCGUCAAAAGAAAAAGAAUCAGCCUCAUUUGAUGAUUUGAGACGGUUCAUUGAUAAAAUUAAAAAUUCACCUAUUUUAUACCACCACAGGUACUCGGGGGGAUCAUAUGGGAAACAAAAAUUAGAACAUUGGAUUGAAAUAGCCAAAGUAUUUGGAGUACCUGUCAAAGAAUGUCUGGCUAGAUGGAGAACUCUUAGGGAAAGAUAUUCAAGAGAAAGAAGAAUGCAGAAUGCUGGCGUUUCUGUUAAAAAAUGGGAAUUAUUCGACGAACUUUCUUUCCUAGACCAACACGUCAAACGCCGAAGUUGCAGAAGGUACACAAGGAUGGUCCCCACACACCCAUCACCAGCUGAUCAAAACAUUUGCUACGUUGUAACUUCCCCAACAAAUUCAUCAUCAGAGCAUGUCACCCUUGACUCUUCUGCAUUCCUCAAUGAAAUGUCUUUAGGGACAAAAAAGGAAGUUGCAAUGGAUGAUGUUGAAUUUUUCGACGUUUCCAGUGAUAUAACGUCGUCACCAACUCCUUUAUUUAAUGAAGAUAUUAGCGCGUCUGAAAAUAAUGUCUCGGAAAAUUCUGUAAAUGUACAGAAUGAGAGUACACAAUGUAAAGUUAGUAAUCCUGACGAAGAUGAUCUUUUUGGACAAAGUAUUGCAGCUGAGCUUAAGAAAAUACCAUGUCCAAGGAAGAAAAUUAAGUUGAAAGCUGAAAUUUACAGACUUAUUUAUGAACAUACUUGUGAAUAAUAAUUCUGAUUUGUUCGGUGUACAUAAUAAAUAAUUUGUAGAACCUA